GGCCGGAAGGGAGCCGGAACCGCCGCCGCCGCCGAAGCGGACGGUCUGGAAAGGGGGCCGGAGGAGACGAGAGGCCGGGCCCAGGCUGAGGCGAGGGGGCGAGGAUGGGUGCAGGCGGCGCUCUCGAGGGAUUGACUGCCAUGCCUUUGCUUUCGCACGCGUAGCUUUCGAUCAUGGAAGGAGGAGACAGCAACAAAGAAGUCAUCGAUUUGAGUCAUUUCUACCCAGAGAAAGGUAAAGACAGGAGGAACCGCGGAGAAGUGGAGCUGAUCACCAUCUCUUCGGACUCCUCGGAUGAAGACUUGCCGGUGAUCCUGAACGUCCCCGUUCGCCGGGAGGGGGAGGACGAGGACGUGGUCAUUUUGCUGGAGAAAACAGCCAGGCAGCAUCUGUGGCCCACAGUGAUCAAGCCAACCGCUCUCUGGCACGCUGUUAACGAGACAGGGGAAGGAGGCUCCAGGACCACAGGGCCUCACGACGAGCAGAAGCUGGCCGUUAACCUGCAGCAACACCCCACUCGCUGCGAUCGCGUGGAGACGAGCGCCGUGAUGCCGGCUGAGCACAAGAGCGAGGUCGAAGUUGUGGAGCUUCCAGAAUCCUUGGAGCCCCCCAGGCCAAAAGAAGAGGACGGCACCAUUCCGAAACCAGGGCCCAGCGGGGCUCGAACGAGGGAGGCGAGACCGACCCGCAAGGUGGAAGUCAUUAACUUGGAGGAAGUAGUCCUGGUAACUGACCAGGAGGGAAGGGACCGGAGAGAGGGGGAUUCACAGCCAAGGCGAGUGCCGGAACUCGGGGGGGCUUUCCGAUGCAUCCAGGAGGACGCCCGGCUGGACCACCCGUACUUCCAGCUGGCGAACAACGAGGCCUAUGCUGUAGACGAUCACCUUUCUCCCUGGCCGCUCCAGUUGGAAGUGGAGCCGGGGUGUCCCAGGAAGAGACCCAGGGUGUACCAGGAAGAGAUCCCCGGGCCUGCCUUUCCGCGUCCCGAACCACAGCAGGACGGUAUCCCAGGCCCUGCGUCCCCUCGUCUGGCACACCCACCGGAGGAGAAGGGAGGACACUCGCAGGUGAUAAACGAACAGGCAGGCCCGUCCUUUCCUGUCCAAGGGUCGCUCAAAUCUGGCACCGGCCAAGUUUUCAAGCAGGCCACUCCUUGGCUGGAGAAAGAGGUCGCCGCUUCACUCGUCAGGGAAACGGAAGCAAGGUUUCCGGAUGUAACCGUAGAGUACAUUGAAGAGCUGAUACAGUGCAAGAACUACUGUGACUUGAACACCCUUUGUAAUUUUCUCCUGGAGAAUCCAGAUUAUCCAAAGAAGGAGGGCAGAGUGGUUUUAGAUCCCAAUAGCAGCCUGCUCUCCACUCAAGAGGAGGCAAAGGUGCCUGAAGUCGACUACUUUGACUUCACCAAGCUCACCCUGCUCGACCAGCGUUGCUUCACUCAAGCCGCCGACCUCCUCAUGGCCGACUUCAAGAUCCUGAGCAGCCAGGACAUCAAGUGGGCGCUGCACGAGCUGAAGGGACACUAUGCAAUCACGCGCAAGGCCUUAUCCGACGCCUUCAAAAAAUGGCAGGAGCUGUCUCCCAAAGCCAGCGGGAAGCGCAAAAGGAGAAGAACGAUGAACGAGCAUACCUACAUAGAUUUUAAAUUUGAGCAAGGCGACGUGAAGAUCGAAAAGCGCAUGUACUUCUUGGAAAACAAGAGGCGGCACUGGAGGAGCUACGACCAGCUCGCUCUCCUCCCGGCGGUACAGCUGGAGUGGGAGUUUUACGAGCAGAAGGUGAAAGAAAUGGCUGAGCAUGCGGAUUUCCUCCUCGCCCUGCAAAUGAAUGAGGAGCAGUAUCAAAAAGACGGCCAGAUGAUAGAGUGCCGGUGCUGCUACGGGGACUUCGCGUUCGAGAAGCUGACUCAGUGUGCUGACGGCCACUUGUUCUGCAAAGAAUGCCUGAUCAAGUACGCUCAGGAGGCCGUGUUCGGCGCCGGCAAGUCCGAGCUCAGCUGCAUGGAAGGAAGCUGCACGUGCUCGUUCCCGACCAGCGAGAUAGAGAAGGUGCUUCCGGAGAGCAUCCUCCACAAAUACUACGAGCGGAAAGCCGAGGAGGAAGUGGCAGCCGCCUGUGCGGAUGAGCUGGUCAGGUGUCCCUCCUGCAACUUCCCGGCUCUGCUGGACAAAGAGGUGAAGUGGUUCAGCUGCCCCAACCCUCGCUGCAGAAAGGUAAACCGGGCAGGGCGUCGGAGCAAGCAGGCUGCUGCCUCCUUCCUGAGUGAUUUAAAUCACAUGGGCAGGCUCGUCUGCCUAACGUGGCCGGAGCAAAGGCAAGCAGGCGGCUCCAUGCCAGCAGGCAGCCUUCAGGGGGCUGGGGAGAGCAGCCACCCGCUCUGCCAACGAUCUGGAAGCCGAGCAAAAGAGCUUCAUUCUUGUACGGGUUUGGAAAACCAGAAGGACUGUCAGCCUUCACAGAAGCUGACAGGGGUUCAGCCUCCCCCCCCCCACCCCAGAAACAUGGCAUACGAUUGGCUCAUGCAGCCCCUGCCCGCGUGCAGGGAAGCUCGACUUGCUGACAGCUGCAUUUUCCUUGCCAGCAUCGGUUCAAACUCUAACGUUCUUCCAGGUGUAAAAGCAUCCAGGAAACGAUGA